AGACAUUUUAGUAUGUUUUUAAAAAGUCAAAAGGCUUGAAAAUAAAAAUGGGCCUAAUACUAGCAAUUUGGGCGUUAAUUGUGUGUAGUUUGUUUUCAUCAUUAACUGCCAUAACUGAAGACGAGCUUGAUGGUGUACUAAAGCAAUUUGAAGCAGAUUUAUUAGAUGGCUUUGAAAUCCUUAAUGUGAAUUACUAUGAAGAAGGUAGAGGCAACUUUGGAAAUUCUCUCAACUUUCCGCAAUUGUCUGGUUUCAAGAGGGUUGUAAUUCGAAUCACAUUUAAGAAGCCUUUUCCCAUCCCACCUGUUGUCCUCUUUACUGUAUAUGGUAUUGAUGCACAAAUGAAUGCAAAGAUCAGCAAAGUUGCUUACGCAAGAGAUAUAACAGAAACAGGCUUUGAAGCUGUGUGUGAAACAUGGUCUGGUCAAAUAAAUGCUAUUUGGUAUCACUGGAUUGCGAUUAGUCGUUAGACUAAAAAAACAACUCUUAAUCAGAAAAUAUUUGCAGAGGGUUAAGUCUAA